AUGAGCGUGCAAGCUUUAAUCCUUCAAGCAGACAUAAAACAAACUGAUAGUGAUUAUAAUACACAAUGGAUACACCGAACUAAUCGUUCAGCGCCGUUUUGGGAGAAGCUUAUACAUCAUUUACGACAAGCUAAUCAGACCAAGCUUGAGAGUUUAUUAGACAAGUCUGAAGUAUCUCAUAAAUAUUUUCAAUUCUUACGAUUUAACUGA